AUGCCAACCCAGCAAAUACUCGGGGAGGCUCCUUCCGGCCAAUUGCGCAACACUGGUCAGCGGCAGCCCCCUUCUGGCCAGUCGACGCCGCAGAGUACGCUGAGUAGCGAAGAGGACAACCCACUUACAAAGAGCCUAUUCGUAAAGAAAGGCUCUUAUACAGAAAAGAAAGAUCACAUGCAAGAGAUAAAAGAAAUAUGGUUGUUUUCUGGCAGUCUUUAUGAUUUCUUCUUCCCCGAUUUGAACAUGCUACUUCGAAGGAGAAAUGACCAUGAAAUUGGAGGGUUGUAUAGGGACAGUGUGCAACAGGGUGAUGACGUUCCAAAAGUCAUCAUCUGCGUAACCAUAUUAGAUUUGCAUUUACUACUUCGAGAGGAAGCCGACAACGAAGGAGUAGAUGGAAAAAGGACAGAGGACGAGAAACAAGACGCUGAAAAGAUAACAAUUGACUCUGAUAAAAUUAAUAUUGAAGUUCAAAUAGUAUUUGACGACGCAUUUUGCUCAACAAAAAACGGCCGUGAGGUUAAUGAAUAUUUGCUCCAGUUUAUGUCAUGUUUGCAAAAGGCCGUUGGUUCUGUUUUGAAAGACAAGGAACUCGUGAGGUGGAAUAAGACUUUCAAAAAGAAAAUGGUUCAGACACCUUAUGGCGGACAAUUCAUUUUACAACUACCAGGCGGAACACAUGUGACGGUACAUUUGAAGGAUAAGAAAAAGAUAAGGGCCCGAAAACGAUGGUCGCAGGUGAUGUAUAUGUACUAUUGUUUAUUGUAUAAAAUGGAAAAGGCCUAUCCAGAUACCUUCAAAGACAAGCUAAAGAACACAUUCAUCCUAACGCUUGACGGCGAUGUAGACUUUAAGCCGAAGUCAGUUCUGCGAAUGAUGGAUCGAAUGAAGAUGAACAGCCGUGUCGGAGCAGUUUGUGGCAGGAUUCAUCCCAUAGGUUCAGGUCCAAUGGUCUGGUACCAACAGUUCGAAUAUGCAGCCGGACACUGGCUUCAAAAAGCAUGCGAACAUAUAUUUGGUUCCGUCCUCUGUUGUCCUGGAUGCUUUUCUAUAUUUCGAGCAUCUGCCCUAGUUGACGAUAACGUCUUGAAAACGUACACUCGAGAGCCAGAGGCGGGAAUUCACCUUGUGCAGUUUGAACAAGGCGAGGACAGAUGGCUUUGCACUCUUCUUCUUAAACGAGGAUACAAGAUAGACUACUGCGCAGCCUCAGAUGCAAAAACGUUUGCACCAGAGAACUUUUGGGACUUCUUUGUUCAAAGACGGCGUUGGUCACCAUCAACUUUGGCCAACAUGAUGGACUUGGUACUUUCUUGGAAACAACUAGUACAAAACAACGCAGAAAUCAACCAUUUCUUUAUGCUAUAUCAAUUAGUGCUAGUUGUAACAAGUAUAAUUGCUCCUGGAACUGUCCUUGUUAUGAUAGCAGGGUCAUUUAGUUCAGUAUUAAGUUUGAAGCCAUGGCAUGCAUUUUUCGUAGCCGUGACUCCGGUAGUUUUGUUCGCAGUGUUAUGCCUGACAGUGACUCAGAAAAAGCAGCUCAUUGUGGCCGCAAUACUAAGUACAGCGUACACGUUUGUAAUGGUUAUUGUAACAAUCGGCAUGAUUUUAAACAUUGUGAGCGAGACGGUUCUUUCUCCAAACGUGAUUUUCCUUAUAUUUGUUGGUUUAAUAUUCCUGAUAUCCGCGUUGCUUCACCCUCAAGAGUUCACAUGCUUGUUUCCUGGCUUGCUUUAUUUCGUUUCUGUGCCCUCUACAUUUAUUUUUCUGACAGUGUUUUACGUGUGCAAUCUACAUGACAUCAGUUGGGGUACUCGAGAAUCCAAAUCUCAAUCAUCCCAGUCUGAAGUAGAAAGUGGAAACAAAAGAUCGUCUGUGCGUUUGCUUCUUACUCUUGCUCAACAUUUCCUGCAGGCAAAAGUCGCUGAACUUGAUUCCAAUGGGUUAAAUUUGGACCGCAUUGAACAACAAAGCCAACAAGUUGAGGAAAUUAUAGAUAAUGAAGAUGAUAGCUACUGGAUAAAGGUACAACUAACAGACUCAAAACAAAUACGAGCAAAGACUAAAGCGCAAGAAUUUCAAGAACACUUGAAGGAGAUUGAACAUGAUUUGGAGAUGGAUGCAGAAGUAGAUGAGCCCCCGCCUGAUUAUAUGAGUGAGCCUGAUGUUGAUUAUGACGACAGUGAUGGUGAUACUGUUGCUGAUGUGGCUUAUCAAAGGAAAUGCAAUAUUUACCGUCACAGAAUACAGACUGUGCGCAAUAGGAAACGGCUUUGGCAGCCGAUUGACGCAAGGAUGUAUCAUAUGGACGGUGGUAAUGUUGAUGGAUCUUUUUUACGACCUGGCUUGAAAUACCCUAACCACAAUUUUCUUGGGGGAAGAACAGGCGAUUAG